CCUGUCAAAAAGUCAGUUAAUGCAGUUGAUGUUCUCGCAGAAGUCUUCCUCCAAACUGCCGCCAGAACGAACGCAUUUCCCACCACUGCCAUGGGUGAGGAACACGCGAUAACCACGGCCGCGAAGAAACCAACUUCUUUGCGAAAGGAUUCAAUCAUUUUUCCUUCGAAAUCUUUCAUGUUGCGAGAAGCAGAAAAGUUUUGAUGAGAACGUAACCAACAGUCGUGUUAUGAAACAUUGUUCCCUCGAUGGUGAAGGUUACAUCUCCCAUAUGCUUUCUCAAAGGGCCGGCUUAGUGGCGAUCAAGACAGAAAGUUAAACUUUCUGUCUUGAUCGAUAUAAUCGAUCACAACUAACACUUAACGAUUUCCUUCUCGCCAAGUGAUGGGUAUAUCACACCUCAUGAGGAAACGAAUAACAUUCUUUGGUCACUGCUCAGCUUUAUGCAAUAAUUGAUUCACUUCUUUGCACUUGCUUGUCUCGUAGAACAGGUGACGUUUUUCAAAAACUUGCGUUAAACGUUUUUAUUUUCUGUGGAAAUCAGCAAGUUGUUGUUGUUGUUGUUGUUUUUUCGGUACCUGUUUCAAUCUGGGCCCAGGAGUUCAUAUAUGGUGCUAUAUAUCCACCGUACAGAUAUUUCUGCAGAGGUUAGCGUUAUCCACCCCUCGAACAACCGGGGCCUUAUUUGUGUUCUCUUAUUUUUAAAGUAGAGCUUUCCGAACCUUACUCAUUGAGUUCGAUCAUGCUGACAAUAUUGGCCUUUAAACAACUGCUAUACAAACUCAUUUAAGGUGCUAAAGCUAAACAAGAAUUGAAAUAGAUGUUAAAACUUUCAUCAAGUUUUCAGCUUACUAUGGCAGUUUAUUUCUUAUUGGUAAUUAAGACCUACAAGUGGGGAAAACUGAGUGGCAACCACGAGAGGGUGAACAAAAUGGUAAAAAAAAAUAAUUCUACGGCUUCUUUUUGCAAGAAAAUGUUUAUUCAUCCAUAGCUCAUGAAGAUUCACGUUGAGUUUCGUUCAGAUUGGACAUGGUUUGAUGCUACUCUGGUUUAAAGAUUCAGUGAAUGUAACUAAAAAGUUACAAUUCAAAAACGUUUCGAUGCACCUGUCUAGUGCCCUCAUCAGGGGUGAUCUAAUCGUUGCAACAAGAGGUGCCUUUAUACGCUAACUAGAGCUGCCCUUUUGUCGGACGAGGUGUAAAUAAGCGUCAGGUAGUAAGCUGCCAACAUCGUGAUUUAAAGGAGCGUGGGCGGAGUUGAUAUGCCAGGCUUCUGAACAAAGACACUGUUGAUAACGGCGAUUAGUGAGAAUCAUUUUAGAAUUAUUCCACCCAAUUGAAUGGUUAAUUAGUCAUGAGUGCUCCGAAAAAGCUGAAUUUUCUUGAUUGCAAAAGAAGACCGCUUUUUAAUGCUCUUGCAAACGUGUAGGGGAAUUUAGAGACAGGUGUUUAUCGUCAACCCACCCACACCGACCAACACCUUGUUUUCGACUCUCACCUCCCUAUUUGCCAUAAAAAGCCUGUAGCUAAAAAAAUUUCUCAGGAGGACUGACUGUCUACCAUCUUCACUUGAUACGAAAACUGAGGAGAGAAAAUAUGUUUCGGACGUCCUAAAGGUAAAUGGCUAUACCAAAAAAAUUCUCCGUAACUGCCAGAAACCAGUUACAACUAGUAACACUCCUGAUCAGAAGGAACCAGCGACUGGUUUUGCUGUUAUUCCUUACAUUUAGGGUGUUACAGAACCCAUCGAGAGAAUUUGGAAUAACCACAACGUUUAAGUUUCUUCAAGGCCUUUUUAGACUUUAGGGCAUAUUUUUGCCAAACCUAAGGAUCCUGUCACGAAAGAACAACGACUCGACGCUACUUAUUCUAUUCUGUUCAAUGACUGUGAUCGCGAGUAUAUCGGACAGACCAAACGUCAGUUUGGUAGAUUCAGGCGUAAACCAGUCAUCGUCUUUCAAAGAGAUUUUCUUAGCCCAAUAACAGUCAAGUGAUAACAAGUAAAGGUUAAUGUUGGGUUUGGGGAGAGUAGGUGCGCAAUUUCUCAGAAACUGACAUUAAUAAAAAUUUCCUUCAGUUAUUACCAUGCAACAGCCUUGAUACAAAGAACCGCCCAUGAUCUUCUCACAGCUGGAGCUUGGGCUGCCUGUGGUCUGACCCUAGAAGAUGCAAGAAAAAUUCAACACCUUCCUGCUGAUUGAAAUUCACAGACCUUUGCUUCUUUCAUAGUUUGAAAUUGCACUUUUGUUAUCAUUUAAAGAUUUUCCUGUUGCCAGGGUAUUAGGCUAUAGCGCAAGGAUAAAAAAUGAUGCUGAUUGCGAUAAAGUCUAACCAAACAAAGAGUAAUAAUUUUCAAUUUACUUGCUCAUUAUUUCUCUUCCGUUUUGCAUUUUGUUUUACAUUCUGAAAGUCAAUUAAAAGCCAAAUAUAAAAAUAAAAUUGACUAAGAUGUCAGUCGCCUGAUGGAGGUAACUAUAUGUCAAAAAGCUUUUGGAACUUCCUUUAUUGAAUAAAAGGGAAUUAGUUGAUGAAAGGAGAUCAGUCGCCGAACUAAUUAAAAAACGUUAUCACGGAAAAAAAACGAUGAAAAAAGUUUCUAUUUGUUUUAGUUUACUCCGUGAUAAUUACGAUUCGCAGGCUUUAAGAUUGAUGCAUACAGCCAUUGUUAAAAACGACCCCCUGUUGUCAAUAACUAAGAAUAUUUCAAUUUGGCGUUCAAGCGGUCAGUCAUUUUAUAUAAACAAUGUAAAAAUAUCAUUUUAAGUUUCUUAUUAGAGCAUAGCGCUGGCUUAGUUCUGGAUUUUAGAUUUUUCGACAUCAACUAUUUUGGACCAGGCUGUCCUGUUCGCAACAGAAGCCAUACCAUGUUCAACAACACAACUAUUCAUUUCCAGCAAAAAUCUAAUUCCCAUCUAACAUCAGAGGACAUAGCAAAUAAUAUUCGUGCCUUUUAUUUAUCAACGUCUAUUGUCCUCACUGUUUCAUCGCCCGUGGCAGUGGUGGGGAAUACGCUGAUUUUGGCAACAGUUUGGAGGAGGACAUUCGCCAGAACAUCAUUCCAUAUUCUCCUCAGUGGUUUAGCGCUCACUGACUUUUGUACUGGUCUCAUCGUUCAACCUUUCUAUGCUGGGUUCCAUUUGUCAUAUUCAAAAAAAUCCGUCUCGGAGCACGAUUUGCCGAUGGCAAUUGUUCGUAUAAUCUUCGUGAGUGGUGGCAUCUACUUCGUUACUGUCACGAUGGUUACUAUAACACUAAUGUCCAUUGAACGAUGGCUGCACAUGUCUCGAAGAUUUCAUCUUACAUCAAAUCGAAGACGUUUCACGACCAUAUUGAGCAUGAUCUUGCUCUGUCCGACUCCAGCUAUAGUCGUUCGCCUUAAUGGUAUUGAAGACAAUCUUUUUUCUGCUUUAGUUCUGGCAGAGAUGUUGUCUUGUUAUCUUCUCACAUUUUUCGCCCAUUUUAAAGUUUACCAAAUUAUUCGUCGGCAUCAGCACCAAAUACAAGCCAGUAAUUUAUCUCAGAACUUUGGUCAACCCGCAAUAGACUUAGCGAAAUACAAGAAGUCUGUAUCAUCCAUGGUUUACAUCUUACUCUUGUUUUCCAUCUGCUACAUACCCUACAUUGUUAGCAUUUUGAUUCCUUUCAUUUUUACUCCUACGGAUGACAUAAAACUUCUGUUUGCUAGAGAAACGUCAAUAGUACUUUGUUUUUUGUCAUCAUCUCUCAACCCAGGUUUAUACCUUUGGAGAAUGAGAGAUUUGCGCAAUGGCCUAAAACAAAUUUUUACGAGCUGA